UCCUCCCUGCCUCCAGUAUUACAAAUUUUUUCAACAUUUCUUUCCAUGAUGGCGGAGGACAGCGAAUCUGCAGCCAGCCAGCAGAGUCUGGAAUUGGACGAUCAGGAUACUUGUGGGAUAGAUGGAGACAAUGAAGAGGAAAAUGAGCACAUGCAAGGGAGCCCGGGAGGAGACCUGGGGGCCAAGAAAAAAAAGAAGAAACAGAAGAGGAAGAAGGAGAAGCCCAGUUCAGGAGGCACCAAGUCUGACUCGGCCUCUGACUCCCAGGAGAUCAAGAACCCAGCCAUACCCAUGCAGAAACUGCAGGAUAUCCAGAGGGCCAUGGAGCUGCUGUCCACAUGCCAGGGUCCCGCCAAGAACAUCGAUGAGGCCACCAAACACAAGUACCAGUUCUGGGACACCCAACCCGUUCCAAAACUCAACGAGGUCGUCACCACCCAUGGCCCCAUUGAGCCGGACAAGGAGAACAUUCGCCAGGACCCCUACUCCCUGCCCCAGGGCUUCAUGUGGGACACGCUGGACCUCAGCAAUGCUGAAGUGCUAAAGGAGUUGUACACGCUGCUUAAUGAGAACUACGUGGAGGACGACGACAACAUGUUCCGGUUCGACUACUCGCCCAACUUCCUCAAAUGGGCACUGCGGCCCCCAGGCUGGCUCCCGCACUGGCACUGUGGAGUGAGGGUUUCCUCCAAUAAGAAGCUGGUGGGUUUCAUCAGUGCCAUUCCCGCCCACAUCCACAUCUAUGACACGUUGAAAAAGAUGGUGGAAAUCAACUUCCUGUGCGUUCACAAGAAGCUGCGGUCCAAACGCGUGGCCCCGGUGCUGAUAAGGGAGAUCACCCGGCGGGUCAACCUGGAGGGGAUAUUCCAGGCUGUGUACACGGCUGGUGUUGUCCUGCCCAAACCCGUGUCCACUUGCAGGUACUGGCAUCGAUCUCUGAAUCCAAGGAAACUGGUUGAAGUAAAAUUUUCCCAUUUGAGCAGAAAUAUGACUUUACAAAGAACAAUGAAGCUCUACAGAUUGCCAGAUACCACCAAAACGGCAGGCUUGCGCGUCAUGGAGAAGCGGGACAUCAAACAGGUCACAGAGCUGCUAGACAAGUACCUGAAGCAGUUCCACCUGCGGCCCGUCAUGGGUGAGGAGGAGGUGUCGCACUGGUUCUUACCGCAAGAGAACAUCAUAGACACUUAUGUUGUGGAGGGCCCAGGUGGAGUGCUGACGGACUUCACCAGUUUCUACACCCUCCCCUCCACCGUUAUGCACCAUCCCAUCCACAAGAGCCUGAAAGCGGCGUACUCAUUUUACAACGUUCACACGGAAACCCCUUUGAUGGACCUGAUGAACGACGCCCUAAUCCUAGCCAAGCUGAAAGGCUUUGAUGUGUUCAAUGCACUGGAUCUAAUGGAGAACAAGACAUUCCUGGAAAAGCUGAAAUUUGGUAUAGGAGAUGGGAACCUGCAGUAUUACCUGUACAACUGGAAGUGUCCACCAAUGGACCCUGAAAAGGUUGGGCUUGUGCUCCAGUAAGUGCAGUUGUUUACAGUCGCCACUCUGCACAUAUUAAGAUGGGAGACAGGCUGCGACUUCACAUCUCGAACCCGCCGGAACUGCGUUGAAGAGGCAGCCCGGGAGCUGGGUAAAGAAAAAGAGAAACCAACAAUCAAAAACGUGAAUGGAAACCAUCACUUCAAACUGUUCUCCUAGGUCUUGUUUAUUUAAUGAGAACAUUAUUUCCGAUCACACAGAAGUGAUGCCUCUCUCAACCAUUACCCUGAAUGUGAAACCAUAGUCUGCUCAAGACUGACUUUCAUAAAUCUUUUUUGUCCAUCCAAGAAAGAAAUGGAGUUUUUUUUUUUUUUUUCCAUUGUUUUAAAUACGUAUACACACAUACAUACACAUUACGCAUACAGCACAUGCACACAUAGGAUUCCUAUGUGUCAGAAGAAUGAAGGUUGUUUUUAAGAGAAAAAAAUCCAAAAUGUCUAAGUUCUUUUUGUACUACAAAGGUGCAUUGGUAUAUGUACAUCUGAGAAGGAAAAAGUUCUGUACAUUAAUGCCAGAUAUUUAUUGAUGUCUUAUGUGGUUUACCUGAGGGGAACAAAAAGUCCAAAGUAUUUUAUUUAGCGCUAACUUUGAUGUCACAAACUUUGGCGUUCCAACAGGAACUCAGUAUGAGAUAUUUGAAGCGUGUACAUUUAAGGAAGUAUGUAGAUUUUUUUGAAGCACAAUGUGUUCUUAAAUGAGCCGAGUCUUUACAUUGACCAGGUGGUUUGGCAAAAUGUAGACGUGAAGACAAACGUCUCCAAAUUUUACCAAUGCCCGUGGUGUUUUUUUUUUUUUUAAUUCCCCCCCCCCCCAUUUGCCAAGCCACCAUUAAACAUUCCUCAAGCACUCUACGGUAAUAGCCUUUCUGAUAUUUAGAAUGUCUUGGUUGAAAACAUGUUACUGAAAAGGGGUUUAACUUUUUUUGUGAGGAUCACCAUGAAUCAGAAUUAGGUCACUACUGUAUGGGCUGUUCUGCACCUUGUGAUUAAUAUGCUUAACUCAGAUCCAGGGGCAUUUCUGCUCUUGGAGCAAUCAUUUAAGGCAGGGAAGUAUCCAGACAAUUUCUGCUUUUUCCUGUUUUUUUUUUUUUUGGUUUUUUUUUUACCUCCAAUAACAUUCUUCUGGAAAGAAUGUCAGGACCUGACUUGUAGUUGUUUAAUAUUCGAGUCACUCUGGUGAAAGCUGGAUAUAAUGCAUUUACAUUAAGGUAAUGAACAGCUUAGUACUGUACUGAAUUGAACCAGAGAUGUACUUUUCUUUGAUGCUUAAUGCUUCACACAUAAUUAAAUGCUUUAAACGUUUCGAAUGUGGCUUUGUGAAAAUCGUGCUGUGUCCCAGGUUAAAUCAAAGUCCCAGCGUACUGUAAAAUGCCAUGUCAAUGUCAUGGAUUGGGGAGAGCAGUGUGGGCAUCUAACGACGAUGUCUGGCAAUGCUGAAUCUGAUCAGAAAUCUGACUGAUGAAGGUCCAAUAUUUUACAAUGGAGCCCUGGUGUAUGAUGGAUGAGAUUUACCAGUGUGCUUUUCAGCUUGUAUGCAUUUGAAGUUGGAAUGAAUGCCCCCAAGGAUUGAUCUCAUCUGAUAGUGAAAGUACCCAAAGUACUUGCCUUAUUUAAAGAAAAGUUGUUUUUAAAUAUCAAAUGUGUGAUUUUGAAAAGAUGCACAGCUUUCUCUUACUGAAAACAAUAUAUUUUUAUUGAACUCCAUGGCAGGUUGUGAAAGAACUGAAGAACAAGAACCAGCACCAUUUAACAUGACUAUCAUCCAAAUAUCUGAUCAUUUUAAAUACAUGUUAAGGUAUACCAGCAUGGAUAUUUGAAUAAACUCAUCCAAACAUA